GUCACACAAAACCACGCCUAUUGUAGGUGUGGUCAGCCAUCUUUCAUACGUGUCCAAAUCUUUGUCAUCUUCUUCAGUCUUUGCAUUGCUCCUCUCUUCUUUCAGUAUGCUCCGAUCUGUCUUCCUCCUCCUUUGCUGCCUUUCCUUGUCUUUAGCAGUACCAGAUCACGGGCACAAUAAAGUGGUCCUCUUUAAUAACACACAGACACGCUCUGGCUGUACCAGUUUGACUAUGGCAGGAGGCUCAAGGAUAAGAGUGUCACUAUACAAUGCAAACAUGUCAGCUCACGAGGCUGUAAUAACCUUCAAGAUAACUUUGUACGAAAGCCAAUGUGAAGCCAUUGAUAAAAAGAAUUGUGCUAUUAGGACAGUUGAUGAAAUAGUUAUGACUAAUACUCAAGUCUUUAAAGUCACAAGUGGACGCGACUAUAUUAAUUUUCAUUCUCAGAAGAAACCAUCCUCUGCUGCCAAUAGCACAAAUACAAAGAAUGGUACUGCUACAACAGCAUCUAAAAGGAGUGCAGCUAGCACUGAAGUUACAGCAGCCCCUACUGAUGGUGCUACUACUAAAGCUCCUACUGAUGGUGCUACUACUAAAGCUCCUAAUGAUGGUACUACUACUAAAGCUCCUAAUGAUGACACUACUACUAAAGCUCCUAAUGAUGACACUACUACAGCAGCCCCUACUAAUGGCACUACUACUACAGCUCCCACCACUCCACCACCUACAGAGGCUCCUACUACCACUGUACUUAUUAACAAUGCCAGCAGUGUACCUGAUGACCCCGAAUGGGCCACUUUCACUACUAACAACAGUGGAGUAUUUGAUGUAGUCAUUGAGGCCACUGCUAUGAAGAAUGAUAUCAAUUUCAGUCUUGCUUUUCAUGUUGACAUGAAGAAUAAAUAUGGAUACCUAAGCCUUGUGGACUAUCCUGCUAUGAUAGUGUACAGUAUAUUGAUGAUACUCUAUAUAUUCUAUGCCAUCCUCUGGCUUGUCCUAAUGGCUUUGGAAUACAAGGACCUCGUUAGACUUCAGUUUUGGAUCCUUGCCGUCAUUCUCCUCGGGUUUCUUGAGAAGGUUUUCUUUGUUGCAGAGUAUGGAACUGCCAAUGGAGGAAUAGAUUCCUCUGGUUUGAUAUAUGUUGCUGAGAUUGUGUCUGCAGCUAAGAGAGCAUUGUCUCGAGUAUUGAUCAUUAUUGUUUGUGAAGGAUUUGGAACUGUCAAACCAAGGUUGGGUCAUCUUCUUACUAAAGUGGUAUUUCUAGGCUUUGUUUAUUUUAUCGUUGCUUUCAUUGAUGGAGUACUAAGAGCCUCAAAGGGUAUUGGUAAUCAUGGAUUAACUACAAUGCUUACCUUUGGAUUAUUGUUCCUCCUUGAUACUGGAAUAGUUUACUGGAUAUUUUCAGCCCUCAUCAAUACCAGGAGGAACUUGAGGGUGAGGAAGAACACAGUUAAACUGGCAUUGUACAAUCACCUUGGAUAUGCACUCAUUGCUACUGUCAUUGCUUCUCUGACAUUCAUUAUCUGGCAGUUCAUAUACAUUACAAGGAGUAACUGCACUAAUGAUUGGAGGGAGAUGUGGUUGAUUGAGUGCUUCUGGCACAUGUUGUUUUGCUUCAUGCUGUUAAUAGUUAUGAUAAUAUGGAGACCUUCUGCUAACAAACUCAGGUUUGCCUACUCACCUGUUAGCAAUGGAGACUCUGAUGAAGAGGAACAAGGAGCCAACAAGAACUUUGAAACUGUAAAAAUGCGCCCUGUGAGUGGAAAGUCAGAAUCUACCAAACAGCAAUUGACUUCAAUGGAGGCUGAGGAAGAUUUGAAAUGGGUAGAGCAAAAUCUACCAACGACUGCUAUUGAUAAAGCUGCACAAAUGGUUCUUGAUUCUGAAGAGGAAGUAAUGACGACUCGUUUUGAAGCCUCUAAGCUAAAUUAAGUCGAUUUUCAUUGGCUGCAUACAAACUGUGCACACAAUGUACACUGACUCAAUAUUAAAAUAUUAUUUGAUUGAAAAGGAGUGUAUCGUAAUCCCUUUUUAAAUACAGAGAAUCCUAUAGGCAA